GGGAGAGAAGAGAGUCGUUUGUAAGAGAAGAGCGGAUGCAGAAGAGUGGGAAAUAAAGAGAUAGAGAGGAAGGAACUCUCGACGGUGUAAAGGACGGAGAGACACUUGGCCAUUCCAGAAGAAGGUGGGGAGUCGACCACGACGGCGAGGGAAACGCGGGGAAGUUUGGAUCGGCAGGCUGCAGUUGCCGUCAGCCUCGCCUCCCAGUGAGCCAAGCUAGUAGCGAGGCCCCCUUGCCGAUUUGAUUUUUUUUUUUUUUUCAUUCCCCAUCCGACAAACGAAACAACAACGAACGCCGAGCGAUGCGACGACCAUGAGGAUCGAGAACUAGUUAUACCUGGAACAAGAUGCCUCAUCGUUACGCGACAAAGAUGACGCGUCUCCUGUUGAUCCCCGUAAUCGGGGCGUUAUUCACGCAGGUAUUCGCUCAGAGCAAUUACGCUUCCCAGGGAAACAGUAUCGAGUAUCAGCCGGGACUUCCACCGAGCACGGUUCUCGAUGGCAAAGUCACAAAGCUGGACGAUAUAUCCCCGGUAAUUUUCCUCAAUCGCACCAAAGCUUACUUAAACUGUGGCCAGGGUAGCAUGCAGGUCGAAUUGAAAUUUGAAGAACCCUUUUACGGCGUUGCCUAUGCCGAUUUUGAUCGCAACAGCGCUUGCAUGGUCAGAGGGAAUGGCGCUAAUUCCAGCCAACUGGAAUUACCGCUCAAAGGCUGCGGCACGAAACAAGACCCCCAACGCGUUUUCACGAAUAACAUCGUGGUGCGGUUCCAUCCUGGACUCGAAAUGGAAGGUGACGAAGUAAUUACAAUAGUUUGCAGAUAUCCUCCUCCAAUCGUAGCGGCGCCACCGGCAAACCUACCUCGGAUACUGCCGGACACCGUUGCACCCGCAAUAUUGGAGGCUCCAUUGAAGGGAUUUCAAAUCCUCUUGAUAAUUUGCGCGAUUCUAUUUCUCUCCCUUUUACUACUGGGCUUAGGGUGCUCUUACAUGUGCUUGAAGCGAAGAAACGUCCGGGUAAUUCAUCGUCAUCCGUUCAGCACCGGAUCCGGAUCUGAGAUAACCAAAAUGUCGGGAUCUUCUUUGAGCAAUCUAUCCAUGAUCGAGGGACUCAAGAUUCCCAGAGCGCACGCGCUCCUCCACGCUGCCGCUUCAUCCUCCGGAAGUGAGGCUAACCUCGUCAUGGAUCACUCGGACACUCUCCCGAGUGAUUAUCCGAGCGAAAGUCAUUCGGAAGUUGACGAGGAACGUUCACUGCCGGUAUCGUCUGCCGGAUCGUACGACAACAAAGCGUUCAUUCUCCAACAACAGGCCGAAUUGCGAGUGCCGAGUUCGCUCUACUCAGAAUCGGUGGCUGACGUGGAGUCGUCGGCAAUGACCGCGGCAAAUGCAUCGAGAAUCGCCAUUCCUCGACACCCCGUCGCCCUGCCGAUCGAACCGAAAUUCGACGUCCAAAUGAGAGUGAAGAGAGCGCCACCACCUCCACCGAGUCCCCUACCCUCCGAAUCCGACGCGAGUGUAAUUCUUGAGAGGAACUUGACCACGAUUCUCGAAAGAGAAGAGACGGCGAGGUCGAUGGAGAGUCCUGUUCCACCCGCACCGCAAAUGACUUCGUUCUCAUACGUUCCGGAACUGCACUAUCCUCCUAACGCCACUGUGUCCAGACAACAAACGCCGCCGGUUUAUUCGAGAAUUUUGAGAAAACAGGCGGAAAGGGAAGCAAUGGAACCACCCAUGGCUAUUCAUCGUCCAAGAUCGCUGACCUCCUUGAACACAGAGUUGACCGAUACCCACUCCUUUACAGAGGUUACCGAUAAUACCCACGCGAGAUACAAAGUCGCGAGUAUAUUGGCGCCGACACCUCCGCCACCACCUUCCAUCGGGCCGACUACUCACACUACGGUACUUCACCAAGAAUUGACCGGCGAACGAGUCGAACCCCUCGUCGAACCCGUGGUUGCCUCUAGACGACCGGAAAUCACUACGCACGAAGUUGACGACGUCUUCCUGAGGACUGUCACGGAGAAGAGGACCAUCGAGGAUAUCGAACGACACAGACGUCAAGUGACCGAGUACCACGCCAGACCACAAGUACUACCGGAUCCCAAGUGGGAUGUAACCAUCAGAAAUUACCCAACGGAAGAACUUCCACCUCCACCUCCGGAGUGGGAGAAUUUUUCGGACAUCAGUUCUGCCUCUAAUCUGACAAUUACAAACGAGCCAACUACUCACGAACCGGAAACCGAACUCCUUGACAUGGUGGACACGAACAUCGAACCGACGUACACACCCAGAGCUGAGAUACCAUCGAGAAUGAUGGACGAAGAUCCUGUUCCUAAUUGGACGGUCUUGAUACGCGUACUCGAACCGCAACACGCUACUGAACUUACGGAAGAGGAACGCGUCAAGUGGCGAGAAAUAAUCACCAGCGAGAGCACCUUACGCACUCUCCUCACCGAGGCGGUGGUGAAAGAGGACUACGAACUCAUUCGCAAGGACGCACGAUACACGAAUCUAUUUUCAUCGGAAAAAUGGGAUGUGAUAAUCAGAAUCCUAAGUCCCCCGUCCGCUGCAUCGCAUGGCAAAAGUGGGCAGCGUUAUAAACGCGGAAAGGGUUCGGAGUGGGACACUAGAUCGCGAAGAUCGUCUCUUCCGACUCUCUACGAAUACGAGAGCGACGGAGGAAGUUCCGUAAGAACUCUAACUCACGAUCAACGUCACGGAGGAGGCGCUCCUCUGCCUCCCGGUCGCUACAGAAGAUUGAGUUCAACGACCAGAGGAGGUAGCGAAGCGGACCUCAGAUCAAUGUCGGAAAUGACCGUGAGAGACUUUGCAAGAGCAGACCGCGAUGACCUGACCAGUCUCAGUUCUUACGAGGGUGAAUCUCUGGUGAGAUCUCUGAGUCAGCCGAGUCUGGCGAGGUCUGGUUCCGAGUUCACGGAGCACUGGGGAGUCCCCAGAGGAACUUGGGGAGUUGAGGACGGUCCAAGUUCAGCGGAAACGACGCCGAGACCUGUGAGGAGGAUUCCGUACCAACAGCAUCAUCAGGAAGUAACAUCUUCCAUGUUCAGUAGCGCUCAACAGGGAGUUGUUGCAGGUGCGGGAACACCUGCAUCCCAAGGUAUGGUGUUCAGGGAAACGAGGUACUCGGAAACCGUUCGAGAAAGUCAGCAACAAGGUGGUUCCGGUUGGUUCCACGAUGAUUCCGAGCCCGAAAUGCAGAUCUGAACAACUCGCCGGUCCGAAAAUAGCGGAGUAAAACAAAAGGGAUCCGUCUCGAGGACUCGCGAUAAAACGUUCCGUUUCACGUGCCCUCAAAGUCCAAAAUCAAACUAGAUAAUUUGUAAGAAUUGUUCGAAAAUUCACCGAGGAUCAGGACCCUUACUUUGCCUUCGAAGCGACGAGAUCCUCGUGUAAAACCGAUGAAAACGAAACUCCCGAAUUCCGUCCUCCGAUACCGUCGAUAGGACGCAAAUCCCGGAAGUCUUGUACGACUUUGAAAUUCGUCAAAAAUAUAAUACCGAUACGAAACGUCAGCUAUUAGUACCCGAGAUGUUAAAAUUCACCCUUACUCGGUUACUAAUGGCGUAAAAAUUAGUCGAAAAACCAGCGAGUCAAAGCAGUAGGUAUCUGUGUCACUUGGGUUCGUGCGAAGCUUCGGAGUCGUAGUUUUGCAAACCUUGGACGAAGAUUCAAUCCUACCUACACCGUAAGCUUUUCCUUCCCAAAGUUUCACCGCUCGUUUCCAGGCCGUUGGCCCUUUCCGUUUGUACUUCCGCUUUUAUCCCCUAGAAUAUUGGAUCACAGUGGAACGCACCCUACGUAUAUUCUCGUUUAACCUCACCGAUCACUUCGAUGCGAACGUACUGCCCCUUGUGUGGGACCUGUCGUCGCUGUCGCAAUAACAGGUCUCUGUUAAAGCUACACUGCUAGACCGACGCGUUCGGGGAUCCCCACGCGUAGCUUAAUCCUUGCUCCGCCAAUAACAUAAUACGUGGGCGUUGUCAUGCUAAUUAUUCGACAAAUCAGCUUGAACGAAUUUAAAUUUGAAUAUACGAAUUGGAGCUUGAAUAUAAAUUCACCGGAACCGUGAAGUCAAGUUUGCCGGUCUAUUGGCUUACGACCAUAACUGAAUAAUCGGCAUAUUUAUACAUAUUUUCGUACGUUUCUAUAGACGAGUGGAAAUUACGGGGAUGAAAUUCGUGUGACGUUUAGCUGCCCUGAUUCAAAGGGGAAUUAAUUUGUGUCGGUCCACCGGAGUCUUGCCGAGUAAGUCAUUGAUUUGACACGCUAAUAAAUUUCAUAGAAUUAGAGAAAAUUCAAUGACAAUAACGAGCAGCGUGACUGCUGCUCCGGGUGGGCAACUUCAGUUCCUGCCUUCGAUUAAGGGAUUUUCGUAGCAAUCGUCAAAAAUCAAAGACCAGGCUUUACACUAGCUACUCGCAGUUACGUUCUUCAAACCCUCUCCCCCUCGAUCUUUCGCCAUUUUGGUAUUAUUCAAUGUCCAUUUUUAUACAAUUUUCAUUAGCGCGAGUGGGACUGUAGAGUUUGGCUUUGAUUGAUUAGGUUAAUAGUAUUAACAAAGGAGUAAUUAGUUAUGUAACACAGAGUUGGCUUCCUAACUGGAGAGUCAGGCGGAUUUUGAAAGUCGCAACCACGGCAACACAAGAGCAAGAAUAACGAAAAAAACAAAUUCGAUCCGCUAAACUUUGGCCACUUUCGAAACUCGGCUGACCAUAUUUCCUUGCGAUCGCUAGUGAUAAUAGGAUUAGGUAAAAUGUGGUGCUGGGUCUACGCUUAACGAUUAGUUAAACUAUGAUAAAAUCCGAACGGUUCAUAUGAAUAUAUGCCUACCCUACUCAACCCUUACCUAUGUAUUAAAUAAAUAUAUAUAUAUAUAUAUACAUAAAGCAUACCCAUGUAAGUACCAUACUCGAAUGCACCUCGACAUGUAUGAUUUAUAUUACCGAUGUGCAUUCGAAAUCGAUAAGAAAACUGAGAAAAACGGAAAAUUGAUUGAAAAAAAAACUUAUUAACAUACCUUGUACGAACCUAACGAGAAUCAAAAGUUAUUUUGUUGUUGGGGUUAGAAAAUGUUCCGAAUAUCUUUGUAAAAAGGUCGUCAUAAUGCUGCACAUCCCGCAUUUAUCGCCAGUUAUUGCAUUUCAAUAAUAAAUUGUUAUUAUCAACGAACAAUGAUGCUCAAUGUGUAUAGUAGGUUUUACGCCCAACCGCUUCCAAAUUACGAUACCGUAGCAGUGAAAAAAAAAUAUACGUACAUACAUACCUAUAUGUGUAUGAAUAUCGCCCUUUUUACAGAGAGUCGUUCCAUUGUCCAAUUACUUGUUAGCCAUGUAAUUUAAUUACUUUAGUAGGGUGCUACUCUGUAUAUAUACUGAUAACAAAUG